UCGUUAGUAUAAGAGCUCAUCUGUAGGAGCUUUGCGGCUAGGUUGGCUGUAGGUUGUUUUGCAGAUAGCUGCCUGGGGUUUCCACUCGUCGCUGCCGAGCUCCGCCACUGCAAAAUCGGUCAUUACGGCGGCACAUCAGACGGACUAUAGGUCACAGAUGGACCAGCAGGACCAGUCCUAUAUGUUUGCCAGUCUGAAACGGCCUCACUCGGAGCAGCUGCUGCAAGGCCUCCAGCUUUUGCGGCAGGAUCAUGAACUAUGUGACAUUGUCCUGCGUGUGGGAGAUGCCAAGAUCCAUGCCCACAAAGUAGUGCUGGCCAGCAUCAGCCCUUACUUUAAGGCCAUGUUCACAGGUAACCUGUCGGAAAAGGAGACUUCUGAGGUGGAAUUCCAGUGCAUCGAUGAAACUGCUUUGCAGGCCAUUGUUGAGUAUGCCUACACUGGCACGGUGUUUAUCUCCCAAGAAACAGUGGAAUCUUUGCUACCGGCUGCCAACUUACUCCAGGUUAAGCUAGUACUUAAGGAGUGCUGCUCCUUCUUAGAGAGCCAGCUGGAUGCUGGAAACUGUAUAGGCAUUUCCCGCUUUGCAGAGACAUAUGGUUGUCAUGACCUGUGCCUGGCUGCCACUAAGUUCAUCUGUGAGAACUUUGAGGAGGUUUGUCAAACAGAGGAGUUUUUUGAACUGACGAGAGCUGAGUUGGAUGAAAUUGUGUCCAAUGACUGCCUUAAGGUGGUCACAGAGGAGACUGUAUUUUACGCCCUGGAAUCGUGGAUCAAAUAUGAUGUAACUGAAAGACAGCAACAUCUGGCUCAGCUGCUGCACUGUGUUCGCCUUCCACUCCUCAGCGUCAAAUUUCUCACCCGCCUGUAUGAAGCCAACCACCUUAUACGAGAUGACCACGCAUGCAAGCACCUGCUCAACGAGGCCCUCAAAUAUCAUUUUAUGCCUGAGCACCGGCUUUCCUAUCAGACUGUGUUGUCGGCACGGCCCAGGUGUGCCCCGAAAGUGUUGCUCGCAGUAGGAGGCAAGGCUGGACUGUUUGCAACAUUGGAAAGCAUGGAAAUGUAUUUCCCCCAGACAGACUCAUGGAUAGGACUAGCCCCACUCAGUGUACCUCGAUAUGAAUUUGGAGUGGCAGUGCUGGACCAUAAAGUGUAUGUAGUGGGAGGCAUUGCCACACACAUGAGACAGGGCAUUAGCUAUCGGAGACAUGAGAGCACAGUGGAGAGCUGGGACCCUGAAAGCAACACCUGGUCUUCGGUGGAGCGUAUGGCAGAGUGCCGCAGUACACUCGGUGUGGUGGUCCUGGCCGGUGAGCUUUACGCCCUUGGGGGCUAUGAUGGCCAGUAUUACCUCCAGUCAGUGGAGAAAUAUGUCCCCAAGUUGAAGGAGUGGCAACCUGUGGCCCCCAUGACAAAGUCCCGCAGCUGCUUUGCCACUGCUGUGCUGGAUGGGAUGGUGUACGCUAUUGGUGGCUAUGGCCCAGCCCAUAUGAACAGCGUGGAGCGGUACGACCCCAGCAAGGAUGCCUGGGAAAUGGUAGCCCCCAUGGCAGAUAAAAGGAUCAACUUCGGAGUAGGGGUCAUGCUCGGCUUCAUAUUUGUGGUGGGCGGACACAACGGUGUGUCGCACCUGUCCAGCAUUGAGAGGUAUGAUCCGCAUCAGAACCAGUGGACAGCCUGUCGUCCAAUGAAUGAACCACGCACUGGUGUGGGCUCUGCCAUUGUGGACAACUACCUCUAUGUGGUGGGAGGUCACUCUGGGUCAUCCUACCUGAACACUGUCCAGCGCUACGACCCUAUCUCAGACAGCUGGUUGGACUCAAGCGGCAUGAUGUAUUGCCGUUGCAACUUUGGUCUGACUGCCCUUUGACCCAUGGCCCAGCCUGCUAGGACCCAAUAGAGAGAAUUAGACACAAAGACGUUUCUUUUUUGUUGUCUCCUCUUCCUUCCCCACAUUCAUCCUCUAGGUGCAGCAGAGCGCUGCAUGCCAACGUGAACACCAGAGGAGAGAGAGCCUGCUGGGUCAAUGGUUGUGCCGGGCUGGCUGGCUAGAGGGGAAACCAUGGACACGGUUGCAGAGAUGAGAAAGGGCUGCAUAGUUGUGCAGAACAGUGAGGAAGAUGAUUGGACGGCUGUCACGGGCAAUGAGGAGUCGACCGCUCUACUGCUGCUGGACCACAAUGAGGACUCUGAGCCAUUUCCCAGAGGAUUGUGGGCGAAAACUUGUCACUUUUGUUUAAAACUUCUGUUAGCAGACAAUUUCUUUUGUUUUUCUUCAUGCCAUUAAUUGUGUUUAACACUUAAAUCUUUCAUUUCCCUGCAGCAACUGGAACCACAUGUUCAAAUUUUGUAAAAUACCGCAGUCUGCUGGUGUAUUUGUAUGAAUAUGUGGUUGUUGGCCAUGUAGCGUGUAUGUCUGUGUGUAUGCCUGAGAGGUACAUGCAUGUCAGAUAGGCUUGUUUGUUUUGUCAUGUCAAAAUCAGUGUUUCACAAAAAACAAGUUGGAAUCUUUAUAUUUUCUCACAAAGGGCUGCCUUUUCCUCUCUUGUAAAUAGUCUAAAUGAAAUGAAAUAUAUAGAUAUGAAUAUAUCCUCUAGUGCAUUGCCUGUAAAUGUUUUUCUGCACUGGGUCACUCGUGUGUAUGGAGAUGUGUGUGUAGUUUGAGUCCAAGGGUCAGUGUAGAGGUGAAUGACGAAUUCUCCUGAGAGUGUUUGCCACUAGUCUCUGCUCCAUGUUCUGGCUUCUGUUUCAUCUUCCUAAGGUCAGGUCAUGAACUUCUUGCUACUCUUCACAAUAGCUGAAAUUGACCUUGGCCCUUUUUUUCCCCACCCUUUGGUCUGUACACAAUACCAACUGGUGCUAUAUUUAGGAUUCAGGAUUCAGCUUUUUGUCUGUGUUGCCUCACACAAUUAGGUCAACCUCCGUUCAACCUCUGCUACAUUAAUGUGUUACAUGUUUUUUGAUUUAUGUGCAUUUAAAUGCACCAAGUUUAACGGGCUCAACCAUGCAAUAAAAAUGUAGUCCUACUGAAAGGGAAGCCUGUGGUUGGACAACCACAAACUUCUGUCUGAAAAUUAGCACCGUCCUUUGAAGUUUAAUUGUCCCUGUCUGUCCCUGUUGCAGGACAUGAGCAUGCUUUGCCUGUUCCCAGUACAGUGUCACUCUUAGCUCUGAACAAGACUUUUUCUGUCUGUGAUUGGGUCUGACACCUGUACUCACCACUAAACACGUGACCCUUGUGGCCAAGGUCCUGAUUGUAAGCUCAGGUUUGUGGUAAUCCGUUCACAGCUUCAUGUGAAGUGCCAAAACAUGAAUUUGUUUUCCCAUCUUUCCCGCCUCCAGUACUAGAAAUGGCUUCCCUUCUGUGCCACGUUUGAAACGUUUUAUUUUCGUUCUUAAUGCUAUUGUAAUACAUUACAUUCUUCCUGUUGUCAUAUAGAGAUGGGUGAUAAAGCACCAAGGGCUGUGCUAGCCAACUCAGGCCAUGUUGCCACUGUCAACCAGUCCCAUGUCCUGAGAGAAAAACCAGAGUGCUCCCCUGGGUGUGUCUGACUCCAGGCUGGCUAAGGGUGUCACAGUAGGGUAUAGAUGGGCCACUAGGCUUGGGAAGGCAAGGAGUAGUUUGUCAUGUUAAGUCACUGUUAAUGUUCAAGUCUAGUUUGAGUUCCUCUGUGCACUGAUGUUUGCACAUAAGUGGAAACUUUAACCGAGCUCUGCAUUGCACUUACCAAACAAUUUGAUACAUAUUGUAAUUUGUACAUAUGUUUUAAUUUAGGAUAAUGGCAUUUAGAUAAUGCAAUAAUAAGACUUCUGUUCUCUCUGUGAAUGAGUAUGUUUAGUGUUUGUCUCUUUAAAAAGCCAAGGCAUCUCAUAUUGCUGUAACAGAACCCCACAUGGCAUGUCUGUUGAUUCACACUGUGGGCCGGUAAUGUGGACAUCUAAUGAAACAUCCAGAUGGUACCAUUGACUUUGCCUCAUCUUAGACAUCUUUUGUAGUCAUUUUGUUGUGCAUGCCAGUUGUUUUAUUUUACAAGGCUUAUGUGCAUUCAAGCAGAUUCAGAUGGAUUGUUCACAAUUUACUAAUUAAUGGCCAAUUUUAAUGUAUACACCUUUUUUUUAAAAAAAAUCAAUUGUUCUCACCACAAAGUCUUGUAAGCAUAAGAUGGGACAUCUUCCACUUUACCCUUCUAUUCUAAACUUGGUGUGUUUGUAAAGUGAUUACAGAAAUCAUUACUACAGACAAGACUUUAACAUUUGCCUUGCAUAUUGGUCAGGGUGUGUUUCUAGUGAGACUUUGUUGCAGAUUGUUUUCAUCACUAUAGGAAAUACUUUCCUUUUAAUUAUUUUUUUUUUUGGUUUAUUUUGAAAGAGUAAUGCAUAAGCAUCCCAAGCGUAUUUCUGCAAAUGUCCCUUUAUUUUAAAAAGAUGUGUGAUGGUUUUUUUUUUUUGUAUUUAUGGUUAUAUAACCUCAUUUGUUUGUUAAUGAUGUUUUCUGUCUGUCAAACUAGAUUUUGUUUGUCACUUAACAGCCACAGCACAAAUCACGCAGGCGUAAUUAUGUGCUGCUGUCAUGAUUCAUCUAGCAUCACUGUUCUGUACAGUGUCGUGAUUUCUGAUGUACACUAACUACUACUUCAAUGAAUUCUGGAGAGGCGCUGAUGAAAAUCUGCAAACGUGAAUCUGCAAAAAGAAGGGAUGUUAAAAUAGUAUGUACAAAUUUUUAUUAUGGCCUAAUCAAUGUCAUGUUUUUGCCACCACUCUCACCAAAGUGCUUGUUCAAAGAAAGUAGAUGGAUGACUAACACCUGGUCUGUAGUGGACUGCCGCUCUGUUUGUGUCUGAAAGAAAAAUCCUCUGAAACUGAUGUCAAUGUUAGCCAAAUGACCACUCUGCUUCUUUUACAUUUCUCAUCGUGUGUCUGGAGUAAGGUGAUGAUCUUGAAUUUUAUAUCCUGUGGAUUAAUACUGGAAGUACAAGAUAACCUUAGGUGUAGAAAACGUAGCUUUUCACAUUUUAUCAUGUUUUGAUUGAAGACAUUUUACAUACAUUUUAGUCAGUUUGUGUGGUGCAGUUGUACCCAGUUUAAAAUAAAUGCCUGCCUUAAAUGGU